AAUCUUGUUGGAAUCGAAAUUAGUGAACCCCAAAUUUCUACUCAAAAGGGACCCCUCAAGUGUCAUAUGUCUACUCAAAGGCCCUUUAAAAACUUCCAUUAUGUCAUUUCCCACCAAAUAUAUCAUCACCCAAACUUUAACUAUUAUUAAGCACUAUCGAGUUUUUCCUCCUCAAAUCUAUCAGCGAAUGCAUUAAACGAUAUUCCAAUGGCCGGUUCUGAAUUACCUCACGCAUAUGCAGAAACGCCAAGCAUCGACAAUUCCGAAACGCUUUUUCAAAAACGGCGUCGUUGUUUCUGCUUCCCAUCUUUUCGUUCUCCAAAUCAAUUAACAAGAUACGUUAAGUUGGAUUGGUGGCAUAGGUUACGUAGCGGUGCGAUUAAGGAGGGAUCUGUAUGGGCUAAAGGAAUCAAAGCUUUGAAGAAGCUUCGAGAAUGGUCGGAGAUCGUCGCCGGACCUAGAUGGAAAACUUUCAUCCGGCGAUUCAAUCGGAACAAAAGCGGUAGUAGGAAUGCGAAAUUCCAAUAUGAUCCUUUGAGUUACUCACUGAACUUCGAUGAAGGACGAGGGAAUAACGGAGAGGAAGAGGAGGAAUUGGUACUUCGGAAUUUCUCGACGAGAUACGCAUCGAUUCCGGCGUCUGGAAACUUUGGGAAAGAUGGGCCCGGUUUCGUUUGAUAGUGAUUGAAUGAAUAUGAAUUACAGUUACAGUUCAGUGGUGGGGACUAGAAACCACACAGCUCAUCAUAAAAGAUAAGUAGGUGCGUGCAAGUUUCUACUUUUUAUUCGGAUUGGUGUUAUUUGUCUUCUUUCUUCUUCUU